GAUUGGUAUGCUAAAAUGUUGUCGUCUAUUGAAGCCAAAUCGGAAUAUGUUAUUUCUGCAAGUAAAUAUCAGAAGGAGAACUGUCCUUCGUCUUUGGGUUCAGUUAGGUUUAUAAAUCAUUUCAUUACCGAAAAUUCAUUAAACGUCAUAGAGAAACUUUUAAAAGAAUAUUUCGCCGACGAAAUUAAACAGAAACCAAGAGUGUGCGUCGUGGGUUUACACGCUUGUGCCGAUUUGAGUGUAACUAUGUUGGAUAUUUUUUCUAAGAUGAGUUACUUUGGUGUUUUGGCAAUAAUGCCCUGCUGUUAUCAUCGAUUAAAACAAAAAACGAACGGAGAAUUUUUUAAUUUUCCUGUGAGCAACGUUCUCAAAAUGUUGGGUACAUUGUACAACGGAGAAGAGUUUUUAAAAGUGCCUUUUUUACGACUGGCCUGUCAACAAACCAUCGAAAAAUUUAAAAGUUUACCAUUGGCCGAAAGACAAAAGCAGUCGAAAUCUUGGAUGCUAAGGGCGAUAUUACAAUUUAUUGCCAAGGAAGAAAAUUGUACAGUACAACGAUUGAAAAGAAAAUCGGGUAAACAUACUGAUUACGAGGCGGCGAAUUUAAUAGAGAAAUAUGUUAGCAAUAUUGGUGACACUCACAAGGUAAUUUACAAGGGAAAUGUCGAUGAUAGGGAAAGACCCAUGGAUGAAUCACUUUUAAAGAAGAAAUUUUUGGAAAAGUGGUCCGAAUAUGAAGAGCAGUGUGAUGUCUUAGAAUUCCUGUCGACAUUUCAAACGCAUAUACAAACAAUAUGUGAAAACCUGGUGCUUUUAGACAGAGUACAGUUCCUUCAAGAAAAAGGUCUGCAAUGUUUUUGCUAUAAAAUUGCUGACAAUUACAUAUCACCCAGAUGUCAUGCACUCAUUGCAUUCAAAAUGUGAUUUGAUAGAUAUUCUCUUUUUAAUUUUAAUUUAAAAUUAACAAUAUAAUUGUAUAGCCUUCUGUAACUAAACGUGAAUAUUUUAUUUUAAUAAACU